CCCUCCCGACCCGGGCGGCGUCCAGCGGUCGCGGCGCCAUCGGGGAGCGGCAGCUGGGAAUGUUUCAGGAACCUCUGUUGCUUUGUGAGUAACCAGAAAUGCAAGUAGCCCCUCAGGAAUCAAGCUGAACUCAAAGAAGACUUGUUUAGGAGCUUUGAGAAGUGGGUCAUGGAGUGCAAGAUCAAGGGAAAUGAAAAAUGGCAACAUAGCUUGAAUUUACUGAAUAAAAUUAAAAACAUGAAAGAAUUAGCAGAAAUGAUUGAUGUGGUACUCAUAGCAGAAGAAGAGAAAUUUCCUUGCCACAGACUGGUCCUCGCUGCAUUUAGUCCUUAUUUCAAAGCUAUGUUCACCUGUGGCCUACUCGAGUGCACUCGGAGAGAAGUCAUCCUCUAUGACAUCACAGCAGAAAGCGUGGCAGUGAUACUAAAUUACAUGUACAGUGCGGCUUUGGAGAUCAACAACGCCAAUGUACAGACCGUAGCUAUGGCUGCCUAUUUCAUGCAGAUGGAAGAAGUCUUUAGUGUGUGUCAGAAAUAUAUGAUGGCUCACAUGGAUGCCUCCAACUGUGUAGGAAUCUAUUACUUUGCAAAACAGAUUGGAGCAGAAGAUUUAUCGGACCAGUCCAAGAAGUAUUUAUAUCAGCACUUUGCCGAGGUGAGCUUACAUGAAGAAAUAUUAGACAUUGAAGUGCACCAGUUUUUGACACUUAUUAAAUCUGAUGACCUGAACAUAUCCCGAGAGGAGAGCAUUCUGGACUUGGUUCUGAGAUGGGUCAAUCAUAACCAAGAGUUGCGUGCAGAGCAUCUUGUUGACCUUUUAAAGCAAGUCAGAUUGGAGCUUAUAAAUCCUUCCUUCUUAAGGCAGGCUCUGAAAAGGAACACAAUGCUUCUCUGUGAUGCAGGCUGCAUUGACAUAAUUCAGAAUGCAUUCAAAGCCAUCAAGACACCCCAACAGCACUCACUAAACCUCCGCUAUGGCAUGGAAACCACCAGUCUUCUGCUUUGCAUCGGCAACAAUUCUUCAGGAAUCAGGUCACGGCACAGGAACUAUGGGGACGCCAGUUUCUGUUAUGAUCCUGUGUCACGGAAGACCUAUUUUAUCUCAUCUCCCAAAUAUGGGGAGGGUUUAGGAACAGUGUGUACUGGGGUCGUCAUGGAAAAUAAUACAGUGAUUGUGGCUGGAGAAGCAACUGCCACCAGGCUAUCUAGACAAAAGAACAAGAACGUUGAAAUCUAUAGGUAUCAUGAUAGAGGAAACCAGUUUUGGGAAAAGUUAUGCACAGCUGAAUUCCGGGAGCUCUAUGCUCUGGGAAGUAUCCAUAAUGACCUAUACAUUGUAGGCGGACAGAUGAAAAUUAAAAACCAGUACCUUAUUACAAACUGUGUUGACAAGUACUCCAUAGAACGGGACAACUGGAAAAGGGUGUCGCCCCUUCCACUUCCAUUGGCGUGUCAUGCUGUUGUAACACUUAACAAUAAGCUAUAUGUCAUUGGAGGCUGGACCCCUCAGAUGGAUCUUCCUGAUGAAGAGCCUGAUCGAUUAAGCAACAAACUGUUGCAGUAUGACCCUGGCCAAGAUCAAUGGAGAGAACGGGCACCCAUGCAGUACUCUAAGUACCGAUUUAGCACGGCGGUCGUCAACAGUGAGAUCUACGUCCUGGGUGGAAUUGGCUGUGUGGGUCGAGACAAGGGCCAAGUUCGAAAAUGCCUUGAUGUGGUGGAGAUCUACAACCCGGAUGGAGACUUUUGGCGAGAGGGCCCCCCAAUGCCAAGUCCCCUUUUAUCACUCCGAACCAAUUCUACCAACGCCGGUUCAGUGGACGGAAAGCUUUACGUCUGUGGAGGAUUUCAUGGAGCAGAUCGCCAUGAGGUUAUCUCCAAAGAGAUUCUGGAGCUGGAUCCUUGGGAGAACCAGUGGAAUGUCAUUGCUAUCAACGUCCUCAUGCAUGACAGCUAUGACGUCUGUCUGGUGGCCAGGAUGAACCCCCGAGACCUCAUCCCACCACCCUCAGACCUGGUGGAGGAAGGUGGUGAGCACUAAGGCCACAGCUGGAGACGCCGCAGCAGUCCUGGCAGCCAGGCUUCAGAGUACAGGGCAGCAUACCACUGUGGCCCUGACAUGUGCACUGCAUGCAGACAGGCCCUGUGCACAGCAGAGUGCAGCAGAAGGGGGAGGGUAAAGUGCUUCCCAGCCUGGUAGGGUAGAUAAGACAG